UUGGAAAAUAGCGAGCUGUUUUGCAACUGAAGUGAUCAAAUUAUAGCGCGCACACAAGUUGUUUGUUUGAGUACUAGGGUGGUCACAUUUCACAUACAUAAACACGCACACACACACACACAACUUCUCUCAACUUCACUUCUGUUUUGGCACUUUUCCUAGACUUCCUCAAAACGUGGGGUGCCUUCACUCUACGUCAAAACUAUAAUCUUUAGCCAUUGAUUUUGAGUUCCAUUCCCUGAGAUAUAGAGAUAUAGAGAUAAAGUGUCAUAAGCAUGCUCUUUGAUCUCAACAACCUAGUCAAUACUCAAUAGAGACAUUUCCACAACUCCAGGGGACCAAGAUAUUCUGCAUGCUAUUUACCAACUAGCCGAGUUCAAUUUGCUUACAGUUUUUCCUUUUACUUGUAUAAAUCCAAUUCCCUUGUCACAUAACCAGAAGGCAAAAAAUAACCCUCCAAGUGUUUGAUGGAUUUCAAAGUUUUCCUUCCUGUUUUCUACGUUUUCUUCCUUUUUUCGGCUUAUUCGGUUGAUAGCAGGAUUUUGAGUAACUACUCAAAAGAGGCAAGACCAAAACCGGAGCCGCAUCUUAGCCUAAUAUCUCAAAUUUCAUUACCUCCUUCUCCUGCACCGGCGCGUGCACCUGAGCCUUUUGCUUCGGCACCGGCUCCUAAUUCCCCGGCUCCCUCGCCGAGCGUUGUUUCAAGCGGCGAUUCAUCCGAUUCUGCGCAUAUUUUCAACGUUUUAUCGUACGGCGCAGUAGGGGAUGGUGUCACGGACGAUGCACCAGCCUUCAAGAUGGCUUGGGAUGAUGCUUGCCAUGUUGAUGACACUGCGACAAUCUUAGUUCCCAAUCGCUACACAUUUUUGAUACAGUCCUCCAUUUUCACAGGUCCAUGCAAAAGCAAUCUGGUUUUCCAGAUUGAAGGUACAAUUAUACCGCCCGAUGGACCGGAUUCGUGGCCGAAAAAUUUCAGCAAGAGGCAAUGGCUAGUAUUCUACAGGAUCAACGGGAUGUUAAUGCAAGGUGGUGGAAUGAUAGAUGGGAGAGGAGAGAAGUGGUGGAAUCUUCCUUGCAAACCACACAAAGGACAAAAUGGAACCACUCUACCUGGACCUUGUGAUAGCCCCACUGCUAUGAGAUUUUUUUGGUCCAGUAAUCUGACUCUCCAAGGGCUUAGAGUCAGAAACAGCCCCCAAAUGCACAUUCGAUUUGAUAGCUGCCAUAAUAUCUAUAUUGACUCACUUCAUAUUAAAGCACCUUCCCUUAGCCCCAACACUGAUGGUAUUCAUGUGGAGAAUUCAACUGAUGUCAAAAUAUAUAACACCGUUGUUUACAAUGGUGAUGACUGUGUAUCAAUUGGAGCUGGUACUCACAAUGUAGACAUAAAGAACAUAACUUGCGGUCCCAGUCAUGGAAUAAGCAUUGGCAGCCUGGGAAUGCACAAUUCAAAAGCCUGUGUAUCAAACAUAACGGUGACGGACUCCGUGAUCCGACAUUCGGAUAACGGGGUCCGGAUCAAGACGUGGCAAGGCGGGUUCGGGUCGGUAUCAAAGGUGACAUUUAGUAACAUAGUGAUGGACACGGUUAGAAAUCCCAUCAUCAUCGACCAAUACUAUUGUGACACUAAAGGGUGCAAGAACCAGACGUCGGCGGUGUACAUUUCCGACGUGAUUUACGCGAACAUCAAGGGCACCUACGACGUUAGGAGCCCUCCGAUGCAUCUGGCGUGCAGCGAUUCCUCGCCGUGCACGAAUAUCACGAUGUCGGAAGUCGAAUUGUACCCAGCUCAGGGGGUCAAGUUCUUGGAUGCAUUUUGUUGGAAAGCUUAUGGAGCAUUGAAGACACUUACAAUUCCGCCGGUUUAUUGCUUGUUGGAAGGGAUUCCUGACUCUUUGGCUCCAAAUGAUGGUGUUAAUCAGUACUGCUGAUUUUUUUUUUAAUUAUAUGUAUUGAUAUCUAAUUAAACAAUUUAGAGCAUUUUCUGAACUUCGUGUAGCAUGGAGGAAAUGCAUGCAUGCAUGCACGAAUAUUAUGUAGUCUUUAUUAAGGAUAAUAUAUAAAUAGUGUAUUAAUCGUAUAGACCGAUCUGAAUGUAUUAGUAUUAUGACAAGGGAAAGUGUAAGAUUUAAUUUUAUUGUAAUCAAGCUUUUCCUAUC